AUGACAAGGUUUUGCGGCUAUUUUGGUCAAUUCAAUCGACAGAAUGGAGCUGCCAAUCCAUUUGGUCCUGCCCGCUGGAGGUGGGUUCAUUAUGAGCGUAACCUUUGUGCGGAAGAGAAGAAUGAGAAGAAGAAGAAGAAGAGAUUUUGUAACUGUAUCUUCUCAGGCAGCCCUCGUGUGUCUGUGUACACAGUCAAGCCGACUGUCUGGUCGUCCUCUCUAUCGCAACUGGUGUCUGUGAUUAACCACGGCCAGGCUCACAUCGCGCAUUACAGUCGUGCAGGCAGCACUUCCGACCCCCAGAAGGACCACAUCAACCCUCGGCAAAUAGGCUUGCGUGUACUCUUAGCGAGCCAAGUGUCAAGUGGCGCAGAACGUCUGCAUUUGUGGGGAACAGGUGGCGGUUUUUGCAGCGAUGAUGGCAUUUGUGGACAGGCUACUUCUGUUAACACUAAAGUUAUGGCCCUCGUGACAGAAAAGCGUGGAGAGAAGGAAAAGAGGUGGUCUUUUGCGUGCGGACUGUGCGCUAUAAGAUGCCGAAAUAGGCGUCAUAGACAAUCUACUGCUGGAUAUAUCCAUAAUAACUUGAGAAUUAACGCUAACAACAAUUUGCUCCAAUCACCUCAACUAGGUAAAUCGAAGGUAUGA